CUAGAAGCGGUCAAGACCUGAGCUGGGAAGGGGCCAUACCAUGUAACGGAUUCUUUGUUUAUUUCUUGCCAUCUUCAGCUUAGCUUUUGGGCGUACAAGGCGAGGCCAAUCCGAUAUAAGUGCUUGCCUUCUUAUAGGCAAAGCCAACAUCGGAAACGACGAAAGGUCCAGAUGCCUUGGGAAUCUGCCGCGUAUAGACAUACACAUGGAUUCUGUAAGGUCGGUGAUGCAUGGCCAGACCCGUGUUCGAAACACGGACGAGGCCGCCUAAAAGGAGGCCCCUUCGGAUUGGUCGCGACCGAGGGUGGCAGAUAUUUUCUUCCAACAUUGAACGUUUCGGAACAAGGCGUAAAGUCAGUCCAGAAACCAGCAGUUAUGGACUCACUCUCCUCAUCAAUUUCGCUGGCACGGCUGGGAGCAGUCAACGCUCAGGUACAAUACGGUGGUGUAGCGGUUCGUGAUCGACGGGCUGGUUUCCUAUUACGUCAUGUCACGAACCCAGCACCCUGCUCGGUGGGGUCGCGGUCGCCCUUGGCCUUUGGCUGUGAGAAAACAGCUGGCAGCAACGACUUGGAUCAUGAUAGUAGCUUUCCCUUGAUCGAUUCUCAUUCGAAGCGAAGAUUUCGUUGCACCGCAAAACUGUGCAAACCGUGCAAUGCUCUCGAUAGACAGUUCCCUACAAAGCUCGCAAUUACGUCAUGGCCCGAGGGGUGCUCGUCGUGACGCUGUGCCGGUUCGGAUCGUCACAGGGAUCAGACGAGGGUCCGCAUCCUGGCAGCUCGAUUUCCCUUUUUGCAAAGCCCAUUUUCGCAGCCCGUUUCGCAGCUCUUUUCGCAGCCCAUCGGCAGCUUUGCCGAAACAGCCUACCGGUACACCAUUUGAGGGGUCGUUCAUCCG